CUUCUCGACAGGGCGAUACGUCUCAUUCGGCUUCUCCAGACUAUGCCAAUCGCCGCCGUCUGAUACUAGGGUGUACCAAACGAGGCAAAGCAGUGGUUUCCCACUGCUAUCUUCCAAAGCAAGACCUUCUUGAAGAAGAAAUGAAACGAACAGCCUUAUUGGCAGAACCAGACAGAACAUUACACUGCGCCUGGACAACUUCCUUCGAUUGAUCGAGUAUGUCACGUCGCGGCAGAUGAUAGCUAACCUAUACUCCAGACAAUCUCACCUGAAACUUCCGUGGAAAUACAUCCACCAAACGCACAAGCCUUGCAGUAACCAUUCGAAUCCAUCAACAAUGAGGCCAAAAGUGGCCGCAGCUACAAUAUUCUUGAGGCUAUGGAAAGCUUGCAAACUGAUGAUGUCGACGACAACGCCCGCCACGGGCGUGUGCCCUCAUGUUCGUUCACGACGCCUGCGUCGAGCGAGAAGAUUCUGCGCAUUCGUGCCGGUGAUGGUCGCUGGCUUACUCAAUCCUAGCUUGAACUUGGAAGGAAGAUCAUGCGACUUCAAUUGCCCUCCGUUGAGACCUCAGAACCUGAGCCUGAAAAGUGGAGCAUGUGCUAGACUUCCAAAAUCUCGCUUACAUAACUCUGACCCACGUCACCUGACAAAUAAAAUCGCAGCCGCCGCAGAAAUUUUUGCAUAUGCCUUUCCUUUCGACCAUCACCAAAAACCAGCAAAAGCCGAUAACUUUCGGGGGAUCAGACGCGCGAGCAGAGAAACGUUUCAACGAAUCCAACAUACAAGUCUUAUUUUGGCUGCUGCUCGUAGGUUCAAUAUUGAAGACGUCUGCAGACGCCGUCUGAUCCUCAAGAAUCACUCCAGGCUUAUCUGCAAUUAUAUAUCUUCAGGUUUGAGGCCUUGAGUGUUGGAUUGGUUGGCUAGAUACUAUGAAUAUCGUGGAUUUUAAUGCAAAUGCAUGUUUUCAUAAUGAAUCUGUCGUACACGUGAUGACUUCGUCUGACGCUCACGGCGGAAGAGAGAGCAGACAUUGAAUAUCUUACGUGAAUCGUCUUGGCAAGUCCCCGUCAAAUAUUGCUACCGAGACGUCGGUGAUCCCCGGGGGGCGUGGUGAUGCAGGCCCCAUCUCCGAUUGAGUGCCUCCGGGCCAAUGAUGACCCCGCCACGAUGACAAGCCGCGACA